CAAGCGCCGUCCUCCCGCACACACACAUACACGCACCGGUGGCCGGUGCGGUACCGUACCAUGGAUGCGGUGCUGCUUGCCAUCGGUGCCGUGCUCCUCGCCGUACUCCUCUUCUUCGCCACCCGUCUCCGCGGCCAAGUGAGGGAAGCUGAUGAGGAGCACCAGAGAGAUGUGGCAGCAGCAGCAGCAGCCAGACCACGGCCCCAUGUGGAUGAGAGGGGAGAUGGGAUGCCAAGGCGCCGGAGGAACAUGGCAAACCGGCUGAUAGCCCAGAGGAGAGCGCAGCAGGCCCAGGACUUGGGGGAAGAGGAAGAUGAUGCUGAGGACGUGCCAGAAUUUCAGGUGUCUGGGAAAAUCGGAGCAAAGAAGCAGAGGAAAUUAGAAGAGAAACAAGCCAGAAAAGCACAGAGAGAGGCUGAAGAAGCUGAGCGAGAAGAACGGAAAAAGCUUGAGUCAAAAAGAGAGGAGGAAAGGCGGAAAGAAGAGGAGAGGAUACGCCUUGAGGAGGAACGGCAGGAAGAGGAGAAAAGGAAGGCAAAGGAAGAAGAGGAAAAGAGAGAGUAUGAAGAGUACCUGAAGCUGAAGGAGAGUUUUGUAGUUGAAGAGGAAGGGGUUGAAGAAUCAAUGACAGAAGAACAGUCUCGCAGCUUCCUAAUGGAAUUUCUGGAAUACGUUAAGAAAACAAAGGUCAUCCAGCUGGAGGACUUGGCUUCACAUUUGGGUUUAAGAACACAGGAUGCAAUUAACAGAAUCCAGGACCUGAUGGCAGACGGCACUCUAACAGGUGUGAUUGAUGACAGAGGAAAGUUCAUCUACAUCACUCCAGAGGAGAUGGCUGCCGUGGCUCAGUACAUCAAACAGCGAGGACGAGUCUCCAUCGCAGAGCUGGCCCAAGCAAGCAAUUCCCUCAUCAACCUCCAGCCCGACAGCAGAGCCACUGCUUCAACCAUGGCAUGAAAUCUGGUUUGAGAAAGAUACAGCAAGUGUUUACCCUUGUAUUGAGUUAGCCAUGUAAUUAAAACCAGGCAGGAGCCCCA